CUCUGCGCAUGUGCAGACGCUGACGGGGACGCCCUAGCUGUCGUCGCACCUCUAUGGUCUCUCCCUAGAGCUUUGCUGUUGGAGGUAGCUGUGGUCUUGUGGGUUGGCCGGCCCCGAGCGGCAGCGACAUGGAGGAAUUCGACUCCGAAGACUUCUCCACCUCGGAGGAGGACGAGGACUACGUGCCGUCGGGUGGAGAGUAUAGUGAAGAUGAUGUAAAUGAAUUAGUGAAGGAAGAUGAAGUGGAUGGUGAAGAGCAGACACAGAAAACCAAAGGGAAAAAAAGAAAGGCUCAGAGCAUUCCAGCCAGGAAGAGGAAACAAGGUGGCCUGUCAGUAGAAGAGGAAGAGGAGGAUGUCAAGUCGGAAUCUGAAGGAAUUAGCAGUGAGGAGGAAGAUGAAUCUGCAGAGCAGGAAAAAGGCAAUGGGUCAGAGGAUGCAAGGAAAAAGAAGGAGGAUGAACUCUGGGCCAGCUUCCUCAAUGACGUGGGACCAAAGUCAAAAGUGCCCCUGAGUACACAAGUUAAGAGAGGAGAGGAGACUGAAGAGACAAGUUCAAGUAAAUUGUUGGUCAAAGCAGAAGAGCUAGAGAAACCUAAAGAAACAGAAAAAGUUAAAAUCACCAAGGUGUUUGAUUUUGCUGGUGAAGAAGUGAGAGUGACUAAGGAAGUGGAUGCUACAUCUAAAGAAGCCAAAUCCUUCUUCAAGCAAAAUGAGAAAGAAAAACCACAGGCUAAUGUCCCUUCAGCUCUGCCGUCACUCCCUGCUGGGUCAGGGUUAAAAAGAUCAAGUGGCAUGAGCAGCCUUUUGGGGAAAAUUGGAGCCAAGAAGCAGAAAAUGAGCACCCUAGAGAAGUCCAAAUUGGACUGGGAGAGCUUCAAGGAAGAAGAGGGGAUUGGUGAAGAACUCGCCAUCCAUAAUCGAGGGAAGGAGGGGUACAUUGAACGGAAAGCAUUUCUAGACCGAGUGGAUCACAGACAGUUUGAAAUUGAACGAGAUCUCAGGCUGAGCAAAAUGAAACCUUGACAUUAUGGGGAAUGUCAAUAGCAGCUUAAUCCUGUUUACAAUGUGAGCUUUUUGUGCAUCUGUGAAGUAUUUCCAGUGUUUCUCACCAACUGUUUCCCAGCAAGGUCUUUUUUCCUACAACGAAGUUCUGUGUAUCUUGAUUUCACAUGGUUUCAUUCAUUUUACUUUUAAAAGUUUGUCCUUAAAUAAAUAAGUAAAAUAAAAGUUGGUCCUAUGA